GAUCAAAGCAAGGAUCAAGCAAUCCACCUCUUCGCAAUUGUAUUUUUUUGUCAUCCGCUUUGCCGCCGUGUUGUUGCGUUCUCCGCCGGCUCAGGCUGCUUCCUCAUCCACCUCGCUCAGGCCCACCUAUCUCCAUGGCUUCGGAGGUCGGUGUAAGUGGCGACGAAUUGGAUGGCUCGCUAUUCGAAGGUAUGGUCCUUUUCUCCCCUUCCGAUCUUCUCCCGUCGUCCUUACCUCUAGAAAAAGAAUCGGCCCCACCAUCUCAAUAUCAUGAUCCGGUGCGUCCUCCCUCUCCUUCCCCGCCAACUGCGCCGUCGACUUUGCCCCAAUCCAAAUCUCGACCCCUCGAUGAAGAUAUCUUCUCCGAUCUCUCCCUCCAAAUACCCAUCGAACCUAAAUAUCUCCUUCCUGCAAUCUCUUCCCCUGCCCCCUUGCCUUCGCCGGUCGCUCCAUCACGCCUUAUCUCCCGCAAGAAGAAGCGGGGCUUCCGCAUCGGUUAUGGCCGCGAAGCAAUUGACUCAACGCCGGUGGUUUCCGUCAUUGAUCCUCCUCAUCCAACUGACAAUGUCAUUCGUACUUCUAGUUCCGAGUCCACUCUAUCGACUUCUAGCUGUCACAAAGAAUUGCUGGAUGGAUCCGUACACGAAGAUCUGGCAGUAGCAGAAACGGUAGUAUCUGUAAAAGCUGCGAGUGAUGGUGAUGAAUUAUCACCUUCACAGCUUGGUGAUUCUGAAGGCGACGCUGAGGCAUUUUCUUCCACUGCGAAGGCUUCCGAAAAGGACACCUUGGAAUUAAUAGAGGAUAAAUUGAAUCUUCUCAGGUCUAGGAUAUCCACAAAGCUCGAGGGGAUUCGAGAGAUGGCAACUUUGGCGUACUCCGAGCGGAAGGAGCUGGAGAGGAAGCGAAGAAAUGCUGGGAAGGAUUUCAACCAGGCCUCAAUGAUAUAUAAAGACAUAGAGAAGCAGCUCGAGGCGGCCUGCGAGGCCGAGGAUUUUGAAAUGGCCGAGAAAGUCAGCGAAUCUCUUGCAGCAGCAGAGAAGGAGAAGGAUAGGCUGCUGAACACAUUGAGAGAGACGGAGCUGGACUGUGAUUAUAUUGAUUCAAGGAUGCAGGAGGUUGUCAAAUUGCAGAUAGUCGCUGAGGAGGAGGGAAUAGAGCUUCUUGAACGGUUUGCCAUGCAAGGAUCAAGCAAUCCACCUCUUCGCAAUUGUAUUUUUUUGUCAUCCGCUUUGCCGCCGUGUUGUUGCGUUCUCCGCCGGCUCAGGCUGCUUCCUCAUCCACCUCGCUCAGGCCCACCGAUCUCCAUGGCUUCGGAGGUCGGUGUAAGCGGCAACGAAUUGGAUGGCUCGCUAUUCGAAGGUAUGGUCCUUUUCUCCCCUUCCGAUCUUCUCCCGUCGUCCUUACCUCUAGAAAAAGAAUCGGCCCCACCAUCUCAAUAUCAUGAUCCGGUGCGUCCUCCCUCUCCUUCCCCGCCAACUGCGCCGUCGACUUUGCCCCAAUCCAAAUCUCGACCCCUCGAUGAAGAUAUCUUCUCCGAUCUCUCCCUCCAAAUACCCAUCGAACCUAAAUAUCUCCUUCCUGCAAUCUCUUCCCCUGCCCCCUUCCCUUCGCCGGCCGCUCCAUCACGCCUUAUCUCCCGCAAGAAGAAGCGGGGCUUCCGCAUCGGUUAUGGCCGCGAAGCAAUUGACUCAACGCCGGUGGUUUCCGUCAUUGAUCCUCCUCAUCCAACUGACAAUGUCAUUCGUACUUCUAGUUCCGAGUCCACUCUAUCGACUUCUAGCUGUCACAAAGAAUUGCUGGAUGGAUCCGUACACGAAGAUCUGGCAGUAGCAGAAACGGUAGUAUCUGUAAAAGCUGCGAGUGAUGGUGAUGAAUUAUCACCUUCACAGCUUGGUGAUUCUGAAGGCGACGCUGAUGCAUUUUCUUCCACUGCGAAGGCUUCCGAAAAGGACACCUUGGAAUUAAUAGAGGAUAAAUUGAAUCUUAUCAGGUCUAGGAUAUCCACAAAGCUCGAGGGGAUUCGAGAGAUGGCAACUUUGGCCUACUCCGAGAGGAAGGAACUGGAGAGGAAGCGAAGAAAGGCUGGGAAGGAUUUCAACCAGGCCUCAAUGAUAUAUAAAGACUUAGAGAAGCAGCUCGAGGUGGCCUGCGAGGCCGAGGAUUUUGAAAUGGCAGAGAAAGUCAGCGAAUCUCUUUCAGCAGCAGAGAAGGAGAAGGAUAGACUGCUGAACACAUUGAGAGAGACGGAGCUGGACUGUGAUUAUAUUGAUUCAAGGAUGCAGGAGGUUGUCAAAUUGCAGAUAGACGCCGAGGAGGAAGGAAUAGAGCUUCUUGAACGGUUUGCCAUGGAUGCUGCUGAUCGGGCAGAUUUAAUUCAUAGAAAUACAAAGGAACUGUCGUCCAAAGAUUUAGAAGAUUGGCAAACAUCAAUGGAACUGUUAGAGACUAGCAAGCUUGAGGUGGACAUUGAAGCUAAACUCAUAUCAGAUGCUCACUCGGCAUUGGAUAGUUCCAUUGAAGACUUGGUUAAAGAUGAUAGAGAGGUGGUUGAAGGGCUUAGGAAGAAACGGGUUACUUUAGCAAAGGAGUUGGAUGAGCUUCUAACUUUAGUUAGACUGAAGGAAGCAGAGAUUGCUGAAAAUGAAUCUCUGAUACAUGAAGCAGAGAGAAAAAUUUCUAAAGUUGCAUCAGAGUUUCAAGAGAAAAUUUCAAGUGUUGAAAUGAAGCGUGAUAAACUUAAGUCUUCUUUGUCUAGGAUGGACUCAGAGCGAGAGGUAUUAUCAUCAAAAAAGAAUAAAAUUGAUGAAUUUGUUUCUCUGGAAGAGCAGAAGUGUUUUAAUCUAAAGGAGCUUGCCAAUGUUGCUUUGGAUGAGGCAAAAACCUAUCAGGAUUUGGUUGGAUUGAGAAAAGAAUUGGCAUCAUCCAUCAUAAAGUCCAGAGAAGACAAAGUGCAGUUGGUGAAGACAGAAGAGAAAAUUCUAGAGGAAAUACAGGUCCUCCGGCAACAAAUAUCCACUGCAAGAACUAAACUACAGGAACUUUCUUCCACCAGAGUAAGUAUCCAGCAAGACAUUGAUUUAUUUAAGCAGCGAAUAGCUUUUGUCGACAAAAGAGGUCCCGAGCUUGAAGCUGAGAAGAAAGUUGCCGCUGCUUCAAGAAAUUUCAAGGAAGCUGGGCGAAUAGCUGCUGAAGCGAAGACACUGAACUCGGAGAAGGAAAGCAUGCAGAAUAAAAUGGACCAGGCUGUUCUAAACCUUGAGAAGUUGGAUGGGGAUAUUAAAAGCAAUAUUAGUAUGAUGCAGGAAAAUGAAGAGCUCGUCUUACUGAAGGAAAAGGAGGCAGCAGUUGCAACUUUUAAGAGACUUCAGUUGAUUGCUGCAGCUGCAAGGUCGGAAAGAUCAGCAGCUCUUGAACUAGGUGACUUAGAAGAGAGUGAAUUUUUAUUGAAAGAAGCUGAAGCUGCAGAAGAAAGAGCUGGGGAGCUUCAAGGAACCUAUAGCCUUAAUCCAGAGGACCAUGGGAACACGCAAAAAUACUUCUCCCCUGUAGCUCUCAUCACGAAAAUUUCGGGACAUAGUUUAGCAGAAAUGGCCGCUUUUUCGAAACAACAACCUGUAUCUGAUGAGUGAUGGAUGUAUCGGUCAAGAAAAAAUGUUGCUUUUUAGCAAUGAGUAUAUUAGGAAGCCAUCCAAUCAUCUUAUUUGCUAUAUGAUGCUCUAGAUUCUCAUUUUUUUGGCUUUAUGCAUCCUUGUUUUGUUUCUCUUUUUAUCAACAUUCUUUUGUAAUUUUAUAUGUAGAUGUAUAAGACUCUCUUAAUAAACAUUGUUGGUUUCAUACUUAGGGGGUGUUUGGUAUAGGAUUGGAUUCAAUUUUAGUAGGAUUUAUUAAAUCCGGAUUAUAAAUCCUGAAAAGUGUUUGAUAUGAAAAUUGUAAAUCUUGUUAAAUCUAGAGAAGUUGUUUGGCAACAGAUUACAGGACGGGCGUUGCGGGAAGAAGUUCCGCAAUUGUAAGUCGCAUUAAAUCCGAAUAGGAAUGGAAUUAGGAUUUAGACGGAUUUACCGGAUUUAUGCCGUAAAUCUGUAAAUCCUGUAUUUAUGGAUUUGCCGGAUUUACAGCGGCGCGGAUUGUGUUUGGUUGGAUUUAUGCUAAAUCCUACUAAAAACGACGGACAAAUCCGAUACAAAACCCCCCCUUAAGAUGUUAUGCAGAAUUUUGCUCUUUAGUUUCA